AUGGUGACAGUGCAAGAUGAGAUGCGCAAGGGGCCAUGGACAGAGCAGGAAGACCUGCAACUGGUAUGCACUGUCCGCCUGUUCGGUGACCGCCGCUGGGAUUUCGUUGCCAAAGUCUCAGGCCUUAACAGGACAGGCAAAAGCUGCCGCCUCCGGUGGGUAAACUACCUCCACCCUGGCCUCAAGCAUGGGCGCAUGUCGCCACAAGAGGAACACCUUAUUAUUGAGCUCCAUGCUCGAUGGGGUAACAGGUGGUCUAGAAUAGCACGCAGACUGCCAGGGCGUACGGACAAUGAGAUCAAGAACUACUGGAGGACACACAUGAGGAAGAAAGCACAAGAGAGGAAGACAAACAUGUCACCUUCUUCCUCCUCAUCAUCAUUUACAUACCAAUCCUGCCUCCUUGAAACUGCACCAAUAAUCAGGAUGGAUGGAGGCAGCACUCAUAAUGGCACAACCUGCUUCUCAAGUGUACUUAAGAGCAACCAGAGUGUCAUGGAUGGAUAUUCUAUAGACCAGAUAUGGAAGGAGAUUGAGGCACCGGCCAUGCUGCCCAUUGAUAAAAAAGCAUGCAGCAAUCUCCCAUGUCCUGUGCUGCCAUCUCCUAUGGGAGAUCGCUACUGCCCUCCUGAGGUAGUCUGGAAGAUGGACAAUGGUGAUCUCAAGAUGUUAGCUCCACAAUUUGGUUAUGGUAAUGGAGAACGUUCCUGCUAUUGA